UUCACUCUCUCACUUCCAGACUAGUCCAACACUGAACAUGGUAACUGAGGGAGCUAAUAUCUAAACUAGGAUUUAAAGAAAAUAAGUUAAAAGCUUAAAAAUGAGUGGAAUAGGGAGCUAUCCUUACUCUCUGAUGGGAUACAGUUACUCCCCCUAUCUUCAGAACCUUCAGUUACAACCUGGUUUACUCAACCAGCAGCAGGCACAACCACAACAAACCUUACAGUCCGUCCCGACAUACGGAGCAAAUAUUUACAACGGUCAACCUGUGGGGGCCAUUCAAGCCAGUAGUUUAUUACAACAACAGUUCCAAGGCCUUGGAACACAACCAGCUGGUCAUCCAGGAACACAGAAGGUUGAAAGUGUUCCUGCUGUUCCGUCCCAUGUUGAACCUCCUGUAGAUGAGACUCCUGAGAAUAAGGAUGAAUAUAUCCAGGAACUGAUCAAGGAACGGGAAACUAUUGAGAAUAGUUCUGUGAGUAAUCUAUCCAAGUCUCAUGUGUUGAGAUUACUAAACCAAGAGAUCAGUAGACUUCAAGGAGGAGGGGUAUUUUAUGGAGAUGAUGUCAAGUUUCUGGAUGUUUACAGAGAAAAGUGUACUAGAGCUACCAUUCGAGUACUAGUUCCUCUUAGGGAGCAUCCAAAGUUUAAUUUUGUUGGUAAGCUUCUGGGUCCAAAGGGUAACUCGUUGAAAAGGUUGCAGGAGGACACCCUCACGAAGAUGGCAGUGCUGGGGAGGGGUAGCAUGAGGGACAGGGAGAAGGAGGAGGAGCUAAGGGGGUCAGGAGACCCUAAAUAUGGGCAUCUACAGGAAGAACUACACGUUGAAAUCACUGCGUACGCUCCCCCGGCAGAAGCGUACGCACGGCUUGCGUUUGCUCUGACGGAGGUCAGGAAAUAUUUGAUCCCAGACAGUAAUGAUACCAUCAGACAACAACAAAUGCGGGAACUUGAGAUACUCACAACCGGCAUGCCUGGAAUGCCCGGCAUGCCCCAAGGCUUAGUCCAAGGUAUUCCGGGCAUGGUCCCUGUUGACCCAACCUCCCAGCUACAGCUGAUGACCUCCCCGUCCAUCUUGAUGCCCUCUCAUGGUUACCAUAUUCCUCUACUUCCUACUCCACCCCUGGAUACUCCUCCCUCUCCAACUAUCUCAGCUCAGCCCACCAAGUAUGAGCAUGAAGAUAGUGUUGACCAUGAAUCUGUUUACAAGGAUAAAUCCAAAGGAAAAUCUCGAAAGUUCUCUCCGUACUGAAACAAUAAUGUAUAAAAACCAAUUCUAAGGAAUGAUGUGAUAACAGAUUAUUAAAAUAUUAUUAUUAAUACUCCCUAGCUCUCCAUACAACCUGAUACACUCUAGAAUAAUCUAUAUUAUUUACUGGGAAUAAUUGAUCUACUGCAGCCUGCAGGACAGCAUCAGGGGACCCUUCUUUAGAUAGAAAACGUCUAGGUUUAAUCAAAUUUGUUUCAAUUCUAAAGAAAACAAGAUAAAAACCAAUCUAGUUGAGAGGAAAAUAAAAGAUGGGCUGAAGCCAAGGAUUCUGAAGACUGGGUCCAAUAAUCUAGAUCUGGAUCAAACACAAAAUUCUAGAGUAAACACAGAUCUUCCGGAGACCGUCCAACAUUUGCAUAAAAAA